AAAAAGGAGAUCUCGCACAGGAAUAGGUAAAUCCCCUCUUUUUACGGGGCUGUGUGUGAAAUGUGUCAGUGGGUGAGGCCUCCAGCAUUCUCUCGCCUCCUCCUCGGCCGCCUCGUUUUCCGCCGCCAGAGGAAGCACCGCGGCCUCCUCCUCCUCGCCGGCUCCCGGCGGAUGUCCGGCGGCGGCCAUGGCGCUGGCUGAGGCUGCUGUCCCGGGGCGGCUCCUGCUCUGGCCCCGCGUCGUCCUUUUCGGAGACUCCAUCACUCAGUUCUCCUUCCAGGAAGAUGGCUGGGGGGCAUUCCUUGCUGAGAGACUGGUCAGAAAAUGUGAUGUUUUGAACCGUGGGUUCUCGGGGUACAACACCAGAUGGGCUAAACUGAUCCUCCCAAGACUGAUCACUAAAAGUUCUGGCACUGAGAGUACUGUUGCAGUCACUAUUUUCUUUGGAGCUAAUGACAGUGCUUUGAAAGAUCUGAACCCUAAGCAACAUGUUCCUUUAGAGGAAUAUGCAGACAACUUAAAGAGCAUGAUACAGUAUCUGAAAUCAGUAGACAUUACUGAAGACAGGAUUAUUUUGAUAACACCACCACCUCUUCAGGAAUCAGCUUGGGAAAAGGAGUGUCUUGCCAAAGGUGAAAAAUUAAAUCGCCGCAAUGCCACCACUGGGGAAUAUGCCCAGGCCUGUGUGCAGGUAGCCAGGGACUGUGGAACAGAUGUAGUUGACCUCUGGACACUGAUGCAGAAGAAUCAGGAUUUCUCCUCCUAUUUGUCUGACGGGCUCCAUUUAUCAGCAAAAGGCAACAGCUUUCUAGCAGCACAACUUUGGUCAUGCCUGGGAAAAAAACUGUCAGCUCUUCCCUCACUGCUGCCUUACUGGCGUGAUGUGGACUGUAGGAACCCUGAGGUCAGUCUUCUCUGAGAUCCCCUGCAGCUGGGAGCUGAAGCAGCCACUGCUUACAGACAGCUGGUGUCCAGCAGGGCACUGCAAACAGGGCACCUGGGGAAGGGGGCAGUGGGAGUCCCCUGUCCAUACUCUUCUCUGUCCUCCUUCUCUUGGUCUGUGGAGAAUAAAGAUGAGACUGCUCAGGGUG